CCUAAGCAGCCAAUUGAUUUCUCUUUUUCAAAGACAUGGAGGUGAAAGAAGGCUGCCGGAACAAUCAAGGGCCACCACCGUCCCCCCACUUGCUAUGCUUGGACGGAGAGAAGAUGGCCCUCUUCUCAAUCACCCAGAUCGGAGGUGAGAAAGAUGUCAAAACUACGCCUCCGGAGCUGCGGGGAAAAAAAGUUAUAACUUCCUGUCAUGGUUGGUUAAUCCUACGUGAUGUUGAUGUUGACGUUGAUGAAAAGGAAGAGUAUAAUGCUGAUGUUGAUGAAGAGGAAGAGUAUUAUCACUACUCUCUUUGGAAUCCUCUCACCUUGGAGUUCAUAUGCUUACCCGCUUUCCACUUGAAGCCUGAACAAGAACUCCGGGAAUGCAUACUGACCUCGCCCCCCGGUAAUGAUGAUAGCAUGCUCUUAUUUUUUGAAAAGAAAGUUCCUUCCUUCAUAUUUUAUAGGAUUGGAGAUGAACACUGGACUCAUCAGCCUAUUACUGCAGAUUUUGAGACAGAUUAUUUGACCAAUUUUGUGGUUUGCAAUGGAACGUUGUAUUGUAGUACUGAUAAGAGGGGAAAUAUAGUAAGGAUUGAUACGAGCGCUUCAGACCGUCAUCUUUUACUGGUUUUCUUUGAUGCGUCCCGACCAGAACCUAGAGAAUUUGCUGUUUGUGACAUUCUAUACAGGGCAGAAUCAUUUGGUGAACUUUUUGAAAUUCAUGUGUUACUGGAAGGAACCCUUUGGAAUAAAGUACAUGCUCUGGAGGUUUUCAGAUUGGACUUCUCAAGUAUGGAAUGGAGAAGGGUAGAAAGUUUUGAGGACAGAGCAUUUUUCCUUGUUGGUCGGUCUUUCUUUUCUUGCCAAGCAAUUGGGUCAGGAGUCAAAGGGAACCAUGUAUAUUUCACAUUAUCUGAGGACAGAAGCCUCUACUCAUUCAACAUGGAGGACAAAACUGUUUCAGUUGCUUUGCCUUGUUCGAAUUUGUCAAUCUCUUGUGAACCCAUCUUGCUCUUACCAGAUUUGAGGAAUGACAAUAUAGAAGGCAAGAACAAUGACUUGGAUGUUGGAAGGAAGGUGAUAAAGUCUGAGAAAAGACAAGUUGUCAAGCGUCCACCACCAACUGAGGCAGAGGCAGAGGCAGAGACAGCAAUGGGAGAUUUUGGUAAGCUUCCUUUAGACAUGGUAUUUGAGAUUGGAAGGUGCCUUAUCCUAGGUGACUACAUGAACUUUCGGGCUGUGAAUAAAAUGUGUCAUUUGGCCGCCCCUUCGAUCCAAUGGAGACGUGUAGGCUUAAAGGGGUUUACGGACUAUAAUUGUCUUCCACCUUGGUUCACCUCCUUUAAAAAAGGCGAUGCUAUUUGCAAUUUUUUUAGUCCAUUUCGUGCUGAAAACUAUUUUGUUAGCAUCCCUAAUAAUGAGUUGAAAGAUGCCAAGAUGUGCUACUCAAGAGACGGUUGGUGUCUCAUGUUACGAGGACAAUCUUCCUUGUUUCUAUGGAAUCCUAUAGUAGAGGGAAUUUUUGUUCUUCCAGAUUUGCUCUGUAAAUGGGAUCAAGUAGUUGGCUGCAGUAUCUCAUCCUUUAUAGACUCUGUUGUUUUGAUCCGUGAUGAUUUCUCUAUUGACUUCAUCUUUCUAGAGGAAAGUGAAUGGUCCAGUUUUAGUAUAUCUGGCUCCUGCGAUCAUUAUUUUUGGGUUUCCAUACCAGCAUUCUAUGAAGGGGCUUUCUACUUUUUCUUUGAGGACGGAAAUCUAGCCAUCUUUAAAAUUGAAGAGGAGCCAUUUUUUCAGAUUCUCAAGCAACUUAAAUCCCCUUGUUCCUUCCAUCAAAUUUUCUUGUUACAGUGUGAUGGGAUGCUUCUGUCGGUGUUAGUGGGUUUCUUAGGAGAAUGGAUUCUGGUUUUCAAGCUGGACUUCUCUAAGAUGGCUUGGGUUGAAGUUGAAAAUCUUGGAAAAAACACACUUUUCAUUAGCCGCUUUUCCUCUUUCUCCAUGAGAGCACCAAGUCCUGAAAUGGAGAACAGAAUUUAUUUCCCAAGAUUCUAUGAGAAGGAUGGAAAUAUUAUCUACUAUUCUCUUAGUACAGGGAAGUUACACUCUCAUGGUACUGAGGAAGUCCUAGAAAACUUUUACAACACGAAGGAAAAAUUGUCUUCUAAUUGGAUUGAACCCAGUUGGAACUGGGAUGUUUACAAUGGUUCUUAAUAACAUGUAAUGUUGUGAAGAUUGAUAUGGUAGGGUUCUACUGAAUGAACUUAAUUGAUAAUAAAUUGGUCUGAAAUAUGCAACUUGCAUUACUGGUUUCUGUUUUCAUGGUCCUAUGAAAUCAUUGGAUUUUCUUGGCGUCUCUAGUUGAGUGGUUCUCCUAUUUUUUAAAUUGCAUUAGUUAGGUUAAAGGCUGUGUGUGGCUUUGUAAGACAUUUCCUUAAUAGAUUUUUAUUGUGCCC